AAAAUAUUUCACUUUGUGUGUUUUGAAUUUACAGUCUUAAAGGUUUCACCUCAUGAAUGGAAUUUACCUACUUGUCUUGGACUUAAUCAACCAGUCAUAUCAAUCCUAUUAUAUUGAGUGAGGCAUGAAGUGUUUUAACAUUACCACAACAUUUUUGUUAGGGAAAUUUCUGAAGAUAUGGGUGAUGAAGAAGCUGUGGCCUCUUCUUCUACAACUCAGUAUCUCACCCAAGAGGACAAUCAAGAUGACCCGGUGUCUACUGCUUCUGAUGACACCAUGAACCAACCCAUAUCUGGCCCUAGCUCUUCACCUGGGGAGCCAGUAGAGGAACAUCUAGAAGACUCCACAAGUCCAACUUUAGACCAGAAACCAACAAAAGAACAGGUGGAACUCCUGCUGCUGGCAUUAAAACUCAAACACGGAUUAACAAAUAGAGCCUUGGAGGACAUCAUGCAUCUUAUCAACUUUAGUGCUGGUCCUGGUGGGGAAUUGGUUAGUCGCUCAAAGUACCUUUUCUACAAAGCAUUUGAUUCAGUGAAAGACAUAUUAGAAGUACAUUAUGUCUGCAAGAGUUGCAACGUAAGCAUGCAGGAAGAUUAUAUGCACAGUGUGAUUCUGGGUGUAGCAAGAAGCAUCACCACGCUGUGGUUUCAUUCUGAGUACAACCAAUCGCCAUGGUAUAUCGGACGCUCAACAGAACAGAUUGAUGACAUUUUAACUUCAAUUAAACCGCCCUGUAAUGUUCCCCCCAUCCCCUGCUCAGUGAAAGAGAAAAAGUUCUGGAAGACACACGAGUGGAACAUGUGGUUGUUUUAUUACAGCAUACUGUACCAGCAUUGA